AUGGCGAUAAAUUUAUACAAAACUUCUACCCCGAGCACACGCAAUGGAACCGUAGACAGUCAAGUGAAAUCCAAUCCACGAAAUAAUUUGAUCUAUGGACAGCAUCAUUGUGGUAAAGGUCGUAAUGCCAGAGGAAUCAUUACCGCAGGGCAUAGAGGGGGAGGUCAUAAGCGUCUAUACCGUAAAAUAGAUUUUCGACGGAAUGAAAAAGACAUAUAUGGUAGAAUCGUAACCAUAGAAUACGACCCGAAUCGAAAUGCAUACAUUUGUCUCAUACACUAUAGGGAUGGUGAGAAGAGAUAUAUUUUACAUCCCAGGGGGGCUAUAAUUGGAGAUACCAUUGUUUCUGGUACAGAAGUUCCUAUAAAAAUGGGAAAUGCCCUACCUUUGACCGAUAUGCCCUUAGGCACGGCCAUACAUAACAUAGAAAUCACACUUGGAAAGGGUGGACAAUUAGCUAGAGCAGCGGGUGCUGUAGCGAAACUGAUUGCAAAAGAAGGGAAAUCGGCCACAUUAAAAUUACCUUCUGGGGAGGUCCGUUUGAUAUCCAAAAACUGCUCAGCAACAGUCGGACAAGUGGGGAAUGUUGGGGUGAACCAGAAAAAUUUGGGUAGGGCCGGAUCUAAGCGUUGGCUAGGUAAGCGCCCUGUAGUAAGGGGAGUAGUUAUGAACCCUGUAGACCAUCCACAUGGGGGUGGUGAAGGGAGGGCCCCAAUUGGUAGAAAAAAACCCACAACCCCUUGGGGUUAUCCUGCACUUGGAAAAAGAAGUAGAAAAAGGAAUAAAUAUAGUGAUAAUUUGAUUCUUCGUCGCCGUAGUAAAUAG